UGAUUUUACUGACAUACGUCAAUUUCCUGUCACAAAUCUGCCAACCAUUACUUUCCCUUCCGACUGGGUUCGGUAAUGUAUACCGAGUCUGCGUUUUCCAAGUCUUAGUGAAGGCAUAUUCUUGGUGUGCAAUAAACCCCAAAACCUGAUCAAAACAAACCAAAAGACUGAUCCAAACAAACCAAAAGCCAAGUACAUGAUGGAGGAAGAAGAGGACUACCCCAAAACAAUAUUUUUAGAUGAUGCAGUGAAGAACAGCAAAAUUAAAAUACAAUGGGCAGAUGAUUCCUUUAGAAUUGGAUCAAGGUUUGAAAUAAAAUCUUGCACCAAAUCAUCAGAUUCUGUUCCAUUGCUGAAGAAAGAAAAUUUGUCAGAUGAGAUGGAGACUAAACCUAAUACAAAAGAAGACAACACUCUCCAUAAUGAACAGAAUUCAUUUCUAGAAGAUGAAAAUUCAGUAAACAAAUGUGAAACAGCUACUAAAGAAAAGUAUAGGGACCCCUGUGAUAACAUGUUUGGGGUCCUACCUAAUCAAAAUUCAGAAUCAGAAAGAACAGAUCCAGAAUACCGUAAUGAAAGUGGGGAAGUGAAGUCAUCCACUCAAAAUAGAGAGAAGGGGGAUGGGUUUGAUGGAGAAAUAAGCAAAAAGUCUGAAGACAAUGUGUAUAAUGUACCACAAAAAGAGGAAUCAUCUGCAAAUGGAAAAAAUUCAAAUGAAGCUUGCCUGUCAUCUUCAAUGACUGAGGACAUUUUUUCACCACAAAACAAGCCUAUGAAAAUAAUGGAUGGAUUAGACAAAGCAAAGUCUUGGGUGUCCAUUCUGAAAAAACCAAAUGGUGUCAGUAUGCCAUCAAGCACAUCAACAUUUGUGUCAACUGAUUCAUUCAAUCCAUCAUCCAAUGUAAAUGAAAAAGAUGAAAUAUUUUCAGCAGUACAUAAAAAUCUAAAGUCACUUUUAACAUUAAGUAACAAGAAUCAAAAUUCAGAGCAUUCCUAUGUCUCUGUGCAAAAGAGCCAUAUAGAAGACUGUUUUGAAAGGCAACUGAAUGAGUUCUCAGUGAAGCAAUUUUUAUCUAGGCCACUUUCCUCAACUUCAACAGAGAAAAAACUAACAGAGGAGAAGACGGUAUAUUCUGUGUCAUUGUUAAAUCAAACAUCCCUUCCCAAAAGCAUAAACAGAUCUAAUGCUCAUUUACACGAAAGUUGGAAAUCAGGGAAUGAUUCUGCAACAAAACACAGUAAUUCAAAGACUCUAAUUUCUUUGUUAAAUGGUAGAACAUUCCCAAUGAAUAUUUCUUAUGAAAAAGCAAACAAAGAAGGUUAUUGUAAAGAGUCUCGUAUGUGUACGCUCUCCCAACCUAGUGUAGAUAGUGUCAUGAAAAGGAAAAAUGAGUCAUUUGGCACUUCAUUGGAUGAAGUAGCCGGCAGAGAUUGCGGUGUCUAUAAAGCAAUUAAAAAAAGAAAAAAGGACGGGAAAAAAAUUCCAGAAACUGAUGAUAAUACUGAAUCUUACAAGAGCUCAUAUCUAAAUGCGUUUGAUGAUUUCAAAGUUGAAAUUUGCCAUCUAGGUGCAGAAAAUAGUUGGGAUACUGUUAUAAAAAAUGAAGACAACACAUCUGACUUUGGAAAUAGUGAGGAAUCUGACUUCCAGAAAUGUGAAAGCAGGGAAAUACAAAAGGAUUUUCCAGUCAAGCAGGAAGUUUUUGAUCCAGAAUAUGGUGAUGUACCAUUACUUUGUACUAAUAAUGCCAAAAAUGCAAUGCUCAAAUCUUCCCAGGCUUCCUCCAUUAAAGAGGAGGUGUGUGAUCCACAAUAUUGCAAUGAACACUCUAGCAAUAAAGGUUGUGAUAUUGACUAUUUAAAGGAUAAAAGUUCCCCCUCAAUUAAACAAGAAAUGUUUGACCCAGAAUAUGAUGAUGUUCCUCCCGUUCUCUCACCAAAAAAGGAAGAGGAUGAUACAGAAUUUGAUGAGUGGAAUGAAGAUUGUGAGGAUUCUCCACCAGUUUUACAAAAAGAAAACGAUCCAUCAAAAGAAGAUUCCGUGUGUCCACAGAAAUCACUCAAAAGAUUCCCAUGGAAGAGUAAACGAAAUGUUCGUCACGAAAAACAGAAUAAGGUGAUAAGAGUCAACUUUACAUGUCCUACCUGUGAAGCUACGUUUCAGAAGGCAGAGGACUUUGAAGUUCACAAGGCAUUACACUCUGGAAAGCAGAUAAUAUCUGACAAACAGUUUAGGGAAAAGUUUGUCAUAAAACCUGCAAAUCUGAAAUGGGGCAAUAACAGGAGAAAAUUCAAAUGUGAGUUCUGUGGGAAGGCCUUCAAUCGUCCUUCCAAUUUGAAAGAGCAUAUUCGAAUGCACACAGGCAUAUAUCCUCAUAGAUGUCAGAUUUGUGGAAGAGGAUUUCACACUAGACCAAGAUUCCUGACUCACAUGCUGCGCCAUGGGGAAGAGGAAGAAAAGCUGAAUGUCUUGGACCCAGUAAAUAAAGCACAGGAGAAUCCAACGGGUGAAAAGGCAGAUCUACAAGAAUCGCCAGACAUCAAUACAGCAACAAUAAGUGGUUCCUUGAAUAUUGAAUUAGAGAAUGAAGGCAUGGAUAUUUCAUUGCAGCAUACAGCAACAAAAGAAUCUUCUGAACCCAAACAAGAAUUUUCCAAUUCAUCCCCAUCCAGGAUAUAUGUCUGCAACAUUUGCGGUAAAUACUUUGAAAAGGUAACUUUGUACAGAAUCCACAGAAUGGAACACAGAGGAGAGACUCCACACUCGUGCAAUGUUUGUAAUAAAAUUUUUCCUUGCAAAUCUGAUCUUACGAGACAUGAAGCAACACAUUCUGAUGAGAGGCCACAUGUAUGCAUACUUUGUGGUAAGGCUUUCAAACGACGUAAUGCGCUGGUUGAACACAUGACUAUUCACAACCGAGAAGACAGUGGUAAACCCGGACAGAAUUCUUCUAUAGAAAGUAUCAUGAAAAGUUUGGAACCAGAUAUAAACAACGCCGUAAAGGAUUCUUUAGAAUCGGAGAGGAAAUCGGAAGACGAUGAAAUGGAAAGACCACUUUAUACAAAUGAUGGACGAAAGAUGGUUAAUAGUAAAUUUUAUUGCAAGGAGUGUCAGGUUUCUUUUAGUGCUAGGCGUGAAUAUUCCAUGCAUAGGUUUCAGCAUAAUGGUGGACAACCUCACGUAUGUGCAGUCUGCAACAAAAGGUUUGUCUAUAAAUCUGACUAUGAUCGCCACGUAGUAAUUCAUACCGGUAGGAAACCUUAUGCGUGUCACCUAUGUGACAGUCAAUUCUCCAGAAAGUACUACCUGCAGAGACAUCUGUCCAAGCACAAAAACACUCGCAUCAGCCUUGGAGGGAAAUCAAAGGAAGACAGUAAAUUUGAGAUAGAAAUUAACAAUGCAGAAAAAUCGGAAAGUGACGUCAGUGACAGUGACAGCGACUCUGGUUUGAAAAGUAUGGCUGGGAAACUAGAAACCAGUUACGAUGAAAACGGAGCAAUGUUCUUAUUCGUGACUGAUGACUGAUUUCAGAUGGUCUCUUAAUUAACUGUAACAUUUUCCCUUCCUUUAAUUCAACUUAUUGACGGAAAAUGUAAUAACCUGCAUUUAUUUGUGUCAUACAUGUACCGCUGAAGAUUUUAUUUCUAUGUAAAUGCUUAGCCAAUGAAUCGGGUAUUUCUUCUGACGUAAUAGUUUCAAGUCGAUAUAGCGCUGUUCAGUGUCGGAGAGUAUUCUUCAGGAAAAUUAGGAGAUAUUUGAAAUCGUGAUUUAUAGUACCCUGACCAUAACACCUCCACUGCCUAAUCCAUACACCUCGAACAGAAUACCAUAUUCAUAGUAUCUUCGCUAUAUAAGUUGCCUGCCGUCAAUGUAAGAUAAAUUGAAUCUGGAUUUUGAAGACAAUCACUAAUUACGUCGAUUGGCAAGCAUAUGUUUCUAGCUCAUCGAAUGGGGUUCACUAGAUGGCGUUGUGUAAGGACAAACCCUUUCAAACGACGCAAAACUUGAACCUUUAAACUACGCAUCACUGUUCUUGGAUAAAUAGGUCUUCCAUGACGCCCUCUAAGGCGACUUCAGUUUGUACCCGGGAGUAAGAAAUUCGCCCUACGACAUGUAACGAUAGUUAUGAUUUGUUUGGUGGUUUAUUUAUUUAAAUAAAAGUACAACAACAA